UAAAUAUCUAAUCUCAAUUAGAACAUAAACAUGCUUUUCUUUUUACUCAAUAAAAAAAUGGAAAGCAAAGAGCAAGAACUUCAACCCCCAAUUAGUCUCUGCGGACGAUUCUAUGAUUUAUUGGUGAAGUUAUUAGCCACGCAAGCUUUGAAGAAAGUAACUCUUGGCGAUCCAUUAAUACUUGGUCCAAUCGAACCACCAGAGAAAAAUUCUGAUAUUGGCUCUAACAUCAUAUGUGAUGUUGACAAAAUCAUGGAGAAAAAUGAAAUGUUAUCAGUCAACGGAGAACCACUAGAGUUACGUGAACCAAAAGAAAAGGCUCCAAGAAAAAUCGUAAGCAUAAAGGAAGAAGUUGAUGAGAUACGAAUCAGUUCAAGGAGAAUUAAGAAGAAGACAUCCAAAGGAAGUUUUGAUUCCUUCGACUUCGAGCAUGAGGUUAUGUCUCUAAAACCAUUGAAAUCAAUUCUGAGGAAGGAUUUAUAAGGAAAAAACAAUAUAUGACAGUUCAGAAAAAAAAGACCAUAUAUUACUGAAGUUUUAGUAAGAUAUAUCUGUUAACAUUACGUAAAAAUAAAUAUGGGUCAUGACUAUGUCUGAUAUGUAAAACAAAGUACACAAUAAUAUAUGUAUUAUAUAAUUUUACUAGAUUAUGCUCCGC